GGACAUCAUCCAUAUUUAUUCCGACGUCUGUCUGCUGAAGAUAACUUUCUGAUACCGCAAAAAAGUCCUUUUUGCCAUUACAAAUCGCCUAAAUAUAUUUGCAAAAGUGUCUAUUUCAAUAGUACAUGGUUAAAACAAAUUGCCUGUUUUGUUAUUUGGUUCUGCGAACAUAAUUAACACUGUGAAAAACCUAAACAUUAUUUGUAGAAGAACCUUAAGUCAAUCGAAGUUUUUCGUACAUUGCAAAAGAUUUGUAUCUAAAACACCCAUAGCAGCCGGUACAAACCUAAAAACAGUGAAGAGCGACGAAGAGUUACGAAAACAGUAUCAACAGCAAUUUGUACAAGGAACUGAAUUUUCAUCAUCGUCGUCGACAACCAAAAAUCACAUCAUAAUGGGUGGACGUAUGCGUGGUAAUGGCGGUGGUGGUGGUGGUGGUUUCUAUGGCGGAGGCGGCGGUAGUGGUGGUGGUGGAGGUUAUGGGGGUGGUUAUGGCGGUAACUUUGGAGGCGGUGGAAUGAAUCCCUUUAACAAUAACAUGCCACCCAAUAUGUCUAACAAUGAGCUCAUGCAAAUUAUGACUGCAAUGGCCAGUGGCUUCAAUAUGAAUCCACCACCUCCGCCACCAGUGCGAAUGUCAUGUGGUGAUUUGCGUCCCACACAUGUGGGUAUGUAUGUUGAGUUGACGGGACGUCUUAUCAAAAAACGUGUAAAUCGCUUUAUGGAACUCAGAGAUCGUGGUAAUGGUGCUUGCCAAUUGGUCAUUUUGGAAGAUAGGAAUCCGAGAGUAGCACGUCGUCUUAUAAACAUGCCGGAAAAUACAAUAGUCUGCAUAGCAGGUACGGUGCAAAGACGUCCAAAGAAUUCCUGUAACCAUACCAUGCCAACUGGUGAUGUGGAGGUUGAAGUACAAGACAUACUCAACAUAGAUUUUAACAACAAGAGGGCUGGGGACAAGCGUUCCUAUAGCACCAUGAGUCAGCAACAUAGUACUGCUAUAACCAGCACCGAAUAUAAAAUAGCCAAGAAUGAAAAUAUUUUAAAAUAUUUUGAAAAUCGCGACAUUACAUGUAAUGACAUUAGACAUCGUGACAUUGGAAAAGAUGUCACAUUAGUGGGUUGGAUUCCCAAUGGCAAAACAUCGAAAUUUUUACAAUUGAAAGAUGGUUAUGGUCAAACACAAAUUAUCAUAGAGGAUCAAGCUAUGCAAGAUACUGUUUGUAGCGCCCCAGAUGGCACAAUUGUGCAGGUGACAGGCAAAGUUUUGGCUAGACCCAAACAAAAUGUUAAUUUGAAACAUGAUACCGGCGAAGUUGAAGUUGUUGUGUCCAAAGCUCGAGCUCUCAACCCCGAUGAGCCUUACGAUGGCCCCAUUAAGAAUAAGGAUAAGGUUAAGAAACUUUCCAUCAAUGAUGUAAUGGAGGAUGAAACAACAGAGGGAGAGAAUAAUGGGAAUACUGGCAGCGAGAAACCCAGCACAGCAACUGCAAGCAACGCAGUCAAAGUUGCCGAUUUAAAUAAAUUUGCCGAUCGUACCCAUACCUGCGGCGAAUUGACAUCAGACAACAUUGGCGAAAAGGUCACCAUAUGUGGCUGGUUGGAAUUCCAGCGUAUGGAUAGAUUUUUCAUACUACGCGAUGGCUAUGGACAAACUCAAGUCUUAUUAACGGAAAAGGUUAAGGGAUUAGAAGAUAAGACUCUCAACUUGGAGACCGUAUUGAAGGUGGUGGGUACUGUAAUACCCAGACCCACCUCAACUAUCAAUCCGAAAAUGAAGACUGGUCACGUUGAAGUUGAAGCAGAAACGGUAGAAAUUUUGAAUAUUGCCAAGAAAAACCUGCCAUUUGAAGUGCGUAGAUUCAAUAGGGCCGGUGAGCGCUUACGUCUAACGCAUCGCUACAUAGAUUUGAGAUUUGCUGAUAUGCAACACAACCUACGCUUGCGCUCUCAAGUCAUUAUGCGUAUGCGUGAAUAUCUCAUCAACUAUUUGGGCUUUGUUGAGGUUGAAACUCCCACACUUUUCCGUCGUACUCCCGGCGGUGCUCAAGAGUUUGUAGUACCAACCCGCAAGGCUGGUCAUUUUUAUUCUCUGGUCCAAAGUCCUCAACAGUUUAAGCAAAUGUUAAUGGCAGGCGCCAUAGAUCGUUAUUUCCAAGUUGCUCGUUGCUACCGUGACGAAGCCACACGGCCUGACCGUCAGCCCGAGUUCACUCAACUUGACAUUGAACUCUCAUUCACCAAGCGUGAUGAUAUUUUGCAGUUAAUUGAAGAAGUCAUGCGCUAUUCAUGGCCAAAAGAGGUUGGCCGCAUUCAUACACCCUUCCGCCGCAUUCCCUAUUCUGAGGCAAUUGAAAGAUACGGUACCGAUAAACCUGAUACACGUUUUGGUUUAAUGCUCACCAAUGUCACCGAUAUUAUUGCAAAAAAUGAAACUUUUGCCGAAAAAUUCCCUAAUUUGGGAUCUUAUGCUAUUGUUGUUCGUGGCAAUGAUGCAUUCUGGAAUGGUGGGGCACGUAAACAUUACGAGAGUUUGUCCAAAGAGUUCUCCGGCACUUUGUUUGUGCGAAAAUUUUUGCAAUAUAAAGAUGUUUUGGAACGUUUAACAAAAUUGUUAAACAAUGAUGUCGCUUCAGAAAUGAUUGCCAAAUUUGAUAUUGAAGAGAAUGAUUUGUUAUUCUUGGGUAUUGGUGAUAAGCAAGAAACCCAAAAAAUUAUGGGUAGAAUCCGUUGUGACUAUCAAGCAUUCUUGAUCGAUAAUGGUAAAGCACGCAAGAGUGCCGAGAAUAAAUUCGUUUGGAUCGUCGACUUUCCCAUGUUUGAAAAAAAUCCAGAAACUGGUAAGCUGGAAAGUGUUCACCAUCCCUUCACAGCUCCACAUCCAGAUGAUAUGGAAGAUUUUGUCAAUGCCAAGGCUGAGAAUUUAACCAAAAUACGCUCUCAGGCUUAUGACUUGGUUUUGAAUGGCCAAGAAGUUGGCGGUGGAUCUAUGCGUAUACAUGACCGCGACAUGCAACAUUUCGUUUUGGAACAAAUAUUGAAAAUACCCCAUGAGCAUCUGGCGCAUUUAUUGAGCGCUCUAGAGUCUGGAUGUCCGCCGCACGGUGGCAUUGCUUUAGGUAUAGAUCGUUUGAUGGCCAUUAUUUGCAAGGCUUCAUCCAUACGCGAUGUCAUAGCUUUCCCCAAAUCAUUGAACGGCAAGGAUCCUCUUUCAAACGCUCCAGUGCCCAUAUCACCAGAGGAAAAAGCCCUCUAUCAUUUGUCGGUGCUUGAGUCGGAUGCAGCCGGUAAUGAACAUGACGAUGAAGACACCGAUCCCGAUGCUGAGCGUAGAGUACCUUCUCCCGUAUUGGCUGAAGAAAAUGCCAGCGAAGAAAAGCCAGAGGGCGAAGGUGACAAUGUUGUACCAAUGGAGGAGGAUUCAGCCGAAACUGAAUCUAAGCCCAACACUAAACGUGCUGCAAAAAAGAAGCAAUAAGAACAACGCGGAUACGAAGACGUCAAAUCAUCUAAUUAAGAGUACUAAGAAUAUUAAGUGUUGAAACGUAAACGAAAUUUGACAUUCAUAUUUCUAUUUUCAACUCCAUUUCCCCUAUAUUAAAUCGAAUGUAAUUGUAGUAAAAGUAUAGCCCUCUUACAUACAAACAUACAUACAUUUAUUCAUCAAACCUUAGCGUACACCAACCGCGUAUUAUUUUUACUUUAGAAACAUAUUCAAGAUUUUUAUUCAUUAUUUUAAUUUGGCAUUUAGUGGUACGGAGUGCAUAUUACUACUACUACUACUACUACAUACAUAUGUAUAUUGUUUGGUUAAGAGAAAACCAACAUUAAAAAUAAUAAAGAUUUGUGAAAGAUAA